AUGUGCGAUUUUCUCGGUCUGAAAUCAGCCGAGCUCAAAGAGUUCUUCAUUGCCGGCGACAGAAUGUUGUGGCUAUAUAAAGGUCACCUCGUGCAGACGCGUGUCGAGAGCGCCUUCUUGGACAAACCUCUCGAAGAAGCCCCCGAUUUUCCCGUUGCCGAGAACGGCAUUUACGAGAAAAUCUUGGCAGUGAAUACGAGCACCAAUCUCGUAGUGCUACUGCGCAAUGAUGAAGGGGUGGCCUACCAAAGUUUCGACGUCUCGGUCGAGGAUGCCCCAAUUGAACUCCCACCGCUCGGUUUCGUAAACAAAGCCAGCGUCAAAGAGUUAUUGGACCUGAAGAUUUUGCCCGAUUUAUUUUUGACACCACCCAAUGUCUACCGGCCGGCGGGCCAAUCAGGUGACACGAAGGAUUUCAUGGAAACUUGUUUGACCUUGGUGGACGCUUGCAUCGAUAAAAUCAGCUUCGUGCCAGAUAACUGGGAGGUCGUUUGGGGCAGGGGCCAAGUGGAAGAUGAGAUGGUGAAGACCGCGUUUUUGUUCAUCGACGAUCAAGAAUAUUUGAUUGGCAUUACACAGUCAGGUCUGGUCUACGGGCCCGCGAAGGGACAUGGGACGUGGAUGCCAUUUACCGAAGCGGGAGCGGCGAAGCAAUCGGAAAGGUACAACUUUGUCGACAUGCAAUGCCUCUACGAGAAGCAACAAAUUUUGUUGUUGAUGCAGGGUGCUUUUGUUCUAACGUGCGGGUGGUUUAUAAAAGAAGAGCAGCUCAUCUUCCAACAGCUCCGCUUCGAUAGCAUCCCGGAUUUGAGGGAGGCAAAAUGCUUCCUUUCUCACGCAACACAGCGCUGUCUGGUGUUCGGCUGGGGACAUUUGCCGAGAUACUGGACCAACGACGAUCACUAUUCACCUCUAAUCUACGACUACGAGACCAAGAGGCGCUGGGCAUCCAGUCGCCAUAACCUCAGGGAGAUGCAUGCGGCUAGAGAACUUUGCUCUGGAGUCCAUAUAGGCAGCGAUGGCAACGCGAGCAUGAUAGCCAUGAAUGGGGAGAAUGAAAGGUUUCACCUAGCGCUCGAACGGGACGAGGUGGUGACAGUACAACCAGGGUUAAUUGCGCAUCAAAUCGAAAAGGUUGUUGCCGCCCCAUUCGACGACCUGGGCUUUACCUUGAUAGCUGCCGUCGGUGAAUAUCGCGCUACCCUACUCAUCUACCAACCGGAAAAUGAAUUAUUGACAGCCGUCAACGAGCAUGCCGGGACAAAAUUUUGCGAUGCGGGCUUUGCUUUGACGGAAACCAUCAAUGGGGUACGGGUUGCGGUGGCGACGCUCGUUUUGAUGGGGCGGGAAUCACUCGGCUCAUUCGACGUCCUCGAGCUGAUGAUAAAGGGCAACGUUGAAGAUCCGUCUAUGCCGGAAGUGUUGAUACUGAAGCGGACCCGGCGGUGCGGGCCGGGACAAGCGAACUGCAUGUACAUCCCGCAAACGUACGAGUGGUGGGAGGGAUUUUUCUGGAUGUACUACGUCACGGUGGUCGACUGCAAGCGCAAACUGUGCACGGGCGACUGUGGCCAAGGAGACUACAUGGCAAUCGGUCAAUACGGAAUUAUGCCGGAAGCCAAGUGGUUUUCCACCCUGCGCCGUGACGCCGUGGCGAUGAAGCAGGUCCAUUCGAAAGAACCGCGUUUUCAGAUGACGUUCAAACGUUCGACACAAAAAAGGGGCUCGGAUGUGGAGGUCUAUUAUGUCGAAGAGGAGGGCGACAGCAAAGCGGGCCUGCCCGACUACACGUAUAUCGAUUAUGAUGGCAAAACGAUAUCGCUCUUGAAUCAGGAAAACUUUGUGACGGUCAAAAUCCGGAACACCGAUUCACUAUGGCCGCGAGAGCUGGACUUCGGAAAAGAUCCUUGCUACUUUCUGCAUAAACGUGGAGAGGAGUUUUCUAUCCCAUUUUCGAAUUUCUUCGCUGCCACCGGCUUGCUCGAUGACGCCUUAUCCGAAUCGAAGAUCUGCCCAAUAUUGCUGAACCAUGCACUGAUCUACACAAAAACGUCUCUGCGGAUAGCCCGGCCCUGUGCGUGCUUUUCGAAGACCGAAAGAAACGAG